AUGAUUUUAGCUUGUGGAUCUAAUGGGAAGUAUCAACUAGGUAAUGGAAGUGAUGAAGAUAGCUCGGAAUUCAUACCAUGCAAGUUUCUAAUUGAUGGCCAAAUCACCCAAUCGGUGCAGCGACCUUUGAAGAUACUUCAUGGAGGCAAUCAUACCAUGGUUUUAUUCGAAAAUGGACAAUUGUUCAGUUGUGGAGAUAAUACAUUUGGUCAAUGUGGUCAUGAUUCACCUCAAUUGAUUACCGUGUUCACGCAAGUCCCUGGUAAGUGGAGUAAUGCUUCUUGUGGAUGGGAGUUUUCAAUAUUAGUUAAUGAUAAAUCUGAAUUAUUUGUAUGUGGACUGGGGUCUAAAGGUGAAUUGGGUCUAGGAGAUACGACUCAAUGCAAGUUGACGAAGAUCCCAAUAGAUUUACAAGUGGAUGACAUUCAAUCUACUGUACAAUACACGUUAUUAAGAAGCGGUGACAAUUUUUAUGCAUGGGGUAAUGGUAAAAAAGGACAAUUUAUAGAGAAAGCCAUAUUUCAAACCCCUACCAAGGUUGACUUACCCAGAAGUAAAGAUAUCAAAUCAUAUGCAUUAACAAAAGAUUCCGUGGUGUUGAAUUAUGGGUCUUCCAUCAAAUCAUUAGGACGUCUAGAGAUCGAAGUUCAAGGACAAAUACAAUCUAUCAAAACAAUGUGGUCAUCCAUACACUAUCAAAUAGAUGGUAAACUUUCCUCUCAAGGUAAUAAUAGUCAUGGUCAGCUUUCAGAUAAUCAUCUUACCAACUUCGAAAGUUUUGAAACUGGCAGUGAACAUGGGAUAUUACAAAAAGAUCAAUUAUAUAGUUGGGGAUGGGGAGAACAUGGGAAUUGUGGCACAAGUAGUGAACCUAAUCAUGAUCAAAUAGUAUUUAAACAACUUAAUCCGAUAUAUGACCAACCAGUAUCACUAAUAAGUUGUGGAUGUGCCACUACAUUCAUCGUUCAAUAA